AAGUCUAAAAGGGGACGAAUUGGAACUUGGCAGGGGAGUAUGUCACGUGAUAACAUCGACUAGCCAAUCACCCAUAAGGAAUGAAUUCUACCUAAGUAAGUCAAUGAGUGGGUCCUACUCCAUGAAGGGGACACAGCCGGUGGGGCCAGGGCGCAAAAAAGGGUCCCUGGCCACCAAUGGGAGCGGCCCACCCCCACUCAGUUACCCGGCUGACCCACCAGACGACGAAAACAUGAACGAGAUCAUCAGCGAAAAUGUUGAGCUGACCGUCUACCUGCCCAACGGGACACAGAACCAAAUGACCAUAGAACCUAACAUUCCCAUGAUGGACUUGUUAAUAAAUCUGGCGCAAUCAAGCAAACUCAACCCUGCGUCACAUUCGUUGAAAGUUCUGACCGGCGAUAAAUGGCGUCAGAUUGACUUUAAAGCGAAUAAGACGAUCGGGGUGCUAGCAGGGGAUGAUGGGAAAGUGUCAGUACAGGUCGUGAAAAAACAGCGGGAAGAUAAAGUGAAACAGAAAGUUGCUAACCAGCCUUUCGAGAUGACGUAUCGGUUCACGGUGAACCUGCCAGGCAACCAGAAGGAGGUUAUUCGUAUAAGCCCGAAACAGUCGCUCGGCGAGGUGCGGUCGAUCAUUUGCGCGAAGAAGAACUUUGACCCGACCCAGUAUUUGUUUAUUCUGCCAACGGAUCCCUCCAGUUCUGUAGAUGACAGCACAAGUGUCGGUGAUCUUAAAUCGAACGAAAUCAAUUUCGAGUCAGUAGCUGUAUUGCGAGCAGCUGAAGCCCGCUCAAUGCCCGACCUAGCAUACGCCGCGGCAAAGUCCGGGAGUGAAUCCAAGGAGCCGAGACCUAGUGACAACGCCCCCUUCAUGCCAUCAGCCGGCGAGAAGAAGGCCAAAAGAGGCUUCUUUUCAAUGCUCAGCAAAAAGGAGAAGAAGUUCAAGCUUCAGACCUCUUCAGAGAUAGAGGAUGUGAGAUCAAGGCCGAAAAAGGCGGAGAGUUUUAAUGUAGGCCAACAACAACCCAGGCAACGCCCCCACACAAUGCACGCGGACUCAGGCGAGCUUGACCACUUCAACCUCCGAAACACAACAGGCGAUCUACACAAAUACUCAGACUUUCGUAAAAGUACUGGCUUGUUACCAGUGAAUGAAAAUUUAGCAUUAUCAGCAAAGUCGGAUAGUGGGUUAGAGGCGCCAUCGAAAAAGGGCGGGAAAAAACGGGCUGCACCUCUUCCGCCGCACAUCGCCGCAAAACCACGAACAGUUCAGGUGGAGAUUAACGUGCAACCUCAAUCUAAUGAGCCUCGUAUUGAGGAUGUUUCAGAAGUGCGUCUUCCUUUGAAAAAAAAUCAUUCUCGGAAUAGUUCAGACUCAAGUGGUUAUCAUGAACUAACAGUUAGUGGUGCUGAUUCGCCCGACGCGAACAAAACAGAUAAUUUACAAACCACCUUGGAUACUACCUCUAUAGACAGUGCAGAGCACUUUAAUGGUGACAGUGGGAUUCGGGAUAUGUCGCCCAUGCGGGCGCGGAAUCUAGGUCAGAUACCAGGCUCUCGAGAUUCCAGUGCGGAGCCAGAAAGACCUCCUGUACUCAAUCGGAAAAAGAAGCGGGCUCCACUACCCCCUCCUGGCAUGACCGCCGUGCCUGAGCCUGCCCAACCGACCACCACCCAGGCUACCACUAACAUUGGAGAGCGCCCUCCACCCUGUGGGGCCACAGCUAUGGAUGAAGAGCUCUCAGCCUUACAAGCAAUGGAGGAAGUUACAAUGAAAUUCAACAUCGAUGAUUCCGACGAAGAUGAGGAGCACUUUGACACGGACCGGGAACCAGGCCUGGCAAUGAUGGAGACAAGUUCCCUGCAUAGUGAGGACGGGGAACUGGACUUGAACCAUCGUCAGCGACCCCCCACCUUUGUUGCCCCACCCCCUCCCUCCGAACCCCCACCGGAGGACUCAGAGCCAGUAAACAUCAACAUGAUCACGCACACUGUAGAUAUAGGUGUAGGAGACAGUACAACAUCCAGUGCUCCUAGCAGUUCCAAAUCCUCUCCUAAAUCUAUUUCUAGUCGUCGAGACAGCAUGUCAAGCAAUUCCUCCAUAAACACAAUAGAAGAUCUGAGCCAAGCGUUCAAACUCACUAUAGCCAUGGGGGAGGAGGCUUUGGGCAUUGACACGGAUGAUAAUGUCUCGGAACAUGGUGAUAAUAGCGUUCAAGAUGAGCUAAAUGCUGCUAUGCCGGAGUUUAAGGCGCAUAUUUCAAGCCUGGCCGCGGAGGGCGGGGAAGAAGGACCGACUUCACAGAGAUCACAGACAUCUAGCAGUGACGCUUCGUCCAGGGAGCGAGAGGCUGCCAAUCACGAUUCCCUCGCCAUCGACAGAACCAACGAGGGUAACCGGGAAUCAGCUGAAAUCACAUAUGAAUUUACAGUAGACACUGUACCCGCUGAUUUCCAGAAUGGGCAGAAAUCUGACUCAUCAGAUGAAGAGAGUUUCGUAACUGAAGAAGUUAUAGAAUAUUUCCCUGCGCAGCCGGAUCUGGAUGUUGGUAGUCCGAGGAAAAUACCGGAUCUGGAAUCACCAAAAGAGCAUGCUCAUUCUGUUAGUGUUCAUCCGCAUGAGGUAUUUGGAGAUAUUAAGCUUGAAAAUGGUGGAGAGAAAGUUAGUGAGACUGUUGAUCAGCCUGCUGAGCCUGAGGUGCACGAGAAGGAAGAGUUCGUUAUUUCACUAGACGAAUUGUCAAACAUGGACUUCAGUGCAACCGACCCAAACCAAUCCGCAAAGCCUAAAAGGGAAAGUGAUGUGCCAAAAGUAAAUUAUAGGAUAGAGUUUCGUAGUUCUUUAGAUAUGGAUUCUUACGAGGCGUUACCAGCUUAUGCUAUGCAAGAAACAAUUGAACCAGCCUCUGUUUCAGUUGUGAAUCAGGAGCCUGUCUUCUAUGAUGACGAGGAGGAGGAAGAAUACACUAAAGAUAUAAGUGUAAAAGACAAGUGUUCAGAACUUAGCUUUACACCAAACUCUGAAGGUGAAGCAGAGCAUCUUAUGGAAGAGAAGUCAAUAUCAAUGAUUGCUCUUCCCGCUGAAAGGACACCAGUGAAAUCUCCCCCACAGGAAACAACAUAUUCCUCCUCCUCUCAGGUUGGCCUCUCCCAGGGAGCUGGGAACCCGGAGCCGUCCCCUAGGUCUGAGGAGGGAGACGCAGGCUUGCAGGCCCAGUAUAGUGUUAUGCAGGAUCAGAUGGCCCAGUGGCAGAACCAGCUCUUGGCCAAUCAGCAGCUGCUUGCUAACUCUGCCUCCCCAGAACUCACUACCAGUGGACCAGCGGACCAGUCUAGCUUACAGUUUCAGCAGCUGCAGUUACAGAUACAAAUGCAGCAGCAAAUGUUGCUACAGCUGCAACAGAGCAUGGCUAGCUUAGCUCUGCAGAACUCACUAGCAGCCCAGCAAGUUCAUCCCCAGCAAGCUCAGAUCCCAAACCAGGCACUGUCAACCCCACCCCAGUCUGUAGGAAGUGCCUCCCCCCAGCAGACGGGUUUCCAGACCUCCACCCCUCUUCCAGAGAUGCCUACUAUGCGGGUUCACUCCCCUCGGCAGGAGACCUCUCCAGUGUUAAACGCCCAGCCUGCUGCCCCUCCCCCACCCCCUGCCCCCGCACCUAUCACUAAAAUCAAACCCAGCAAGGCAGAUGCCAAAUACAGCAAGCCCAAACAGAAAAAGUUUGACAGACAACUAGACCCUAGGGAACAACUUAUGUUGGACAUACGCAAUUUUGGAAAGAAAGGCUUGAUCAAGGUCCCAGUCAAAGCCACUCACUGGCAUAAAUGAUGACCCGGAUCCAACCUACGUGUAGCGGAACUGACCAGCGUCCACUGGGCAUCCAUACCUUAACUGGUGGAACUGACGUCAUAUGGGCAUUGAACCUUAACUAGCUGAAGUAACCUGUCAAAUAGGCAUUGAUACCUAUAAAGCGAAAGUGACGCAUCCGUGGGACUUAGAAGUGACCAUACAGUGUUACUGUACAGAGGACAUUCUCGUAAAAUGGUCUUUCAAAGCCAUGGGACAAAUACUAAAGUCAGACAGUAAUGACUUAUGUUGCUGGUAAUGAACAUAGCAGUAGUGUAUAAUGUAACAGUUGUAACUCAUAUUAAAAUUCAUAAUAUCGAAGUAUACUUCCAUUGUAAACAAUAUGCUGUGUUUAUACAGAACAAACAUAUAAUACAAGAUAUAAAAAUUGAAAAUGGAUGAAUUUUAUCAGUUGACAUGAAAAUAUAAUCAAGAGGAUUUAUGAUGGUUCUUAUGUAAUCUGGUUGUGAAUAAAGCAGGGAAUAGUGUGAACAUUCCGAGACUGACCACUGGCUCUUGACUGGUAGGGGGUCAGUUUGCUUCUUUGGCCAAGAUUGGAAGGGGGUAAUAUAAUUAGCUAGUUCUAACUGGGAGGUGUCAAUUAUGAUAAAAUUGUGAGGCUGGCUCUGACUGGAGGAAGUAAAUAAGUUGUAUGGACCUGGGGGGAUUCAGCUUGUUCUGACUGGGAGACAGGAAAUGGUCAGUUUUGAUGGAACUGUGAUAGCCAGUGGUUAGUAAGGGCCUGGGGCCACUUUUAUGAUGCAAUAUUUUAUAUUUUUCGUCUACAUACUUUCGCAUUCUGACUGUAUUUUCAUAUUUUCCUGCAUUCAGCUUUAUAACUUUUUUCAAAAUGGGAUUUUGUGCAUCCUUGACUCAUUUUCAGAGGAAUAGAAAUUAAAAUUUCAUUCUUUUAAAUUAGUGUUUCAUUAUGUGAUGUGAAAUAUGUUACAAAGAUCAAUAUUGAUAAUUUGAGGAUAACAUACGGAAUAAGUCCAUUUUUUCUGCCGUAAAUAAAGUAAAGAUGUAUGACUUACACUGAGUUUUUACAAGUUGAUAUUAAUAAACAAAAUAUAAAAUUCAUUAUAUCUUUUUCCAUACUUAUAUCAGUGUGUUAAUUCAAUAUAGGUUACAAUUGUACAAGUUUAACAUUAAACCAUGGGAGAUAAUGUCAUGUUAAUAAUGUAAAGUCAGUGAGCCAUAAAUGUUUCACUGAGGUGUAUUUUUCAUGCAUUAAUUGUAAAUAUUUCUCUAGUUUACAAUUGUUACUCUCGGAUAUACUCUGUAAUGACACAAAUGUGCUGAUGUAUUCAUUUUGUUGCAUGCCUUUUCAUGAAUAUUAUAUCCGGUACGUAUAUCUGUAAAUUUCUUCAUUAUAGUACUACUUCAUCAUUACGUAGUAGACUAUAAAUGAACCUGAUUCGUACAUAUUUCAUAAUUUUACAUUUUUUCAUUAGAAAAUAUUUAAUUUAUACUUCUCAUUGAAUAUAUUAAAUCUGUACACAAUUUUUGUUUAAAAAGAAAGUAUUUUUUCUUGGUCAAUUUAUGAUUUAUUGCUAUGGAAUUUAGUGACUGUUUAUGUCAAAUUACCCAAACAUGGUGCCAUGCUUCGUAGUUCAGUGUGUUUCACCAUUUCGUUCAUAUUAAGUUGAGUCAUCGAAAUAAGAUUUUUGAAUAAAAAAAAAUAGCCCGAUUGUUUACCCUUGUGAUUGGCUUCAAAUAAAUUCAAAAGGCACUCAGAUAUAUAUAAAUACUAGAAUUUGAGCAAGUCGAGAAAGCAUCUUAAAGUGCAGAGCUUGUUGCCUUGUGCUAAUUUCGACAACUGACUUUUGAAGAAACAUAACACUGUUCAUGUUGCUAUGGUUUUAAAAAAAACUCGACAUGGAAAUCAUGUUGAUUUUAGAGAACAGAAUUGAAAAUAUAUUUUGAUAUUCUAGGGUUGACAGAUCAUUUUCACAUUACACAAAGUACUAAAUACACAUUUUGUGACACACAUACAAUGAAUAAAUAUACAACAAAACUUGCUAUGUAACUUCAGGAUUUUAUUUUUUAUCACCAAAAAAAACAAAACAUUUUUUUAAUAUUAUGAAUUGUAUUUAUAUCUUCAAGUUUUUAUAUAUUUAUUCCACUUAUUUUGACUAAACAUAAGAUGUGUAUUCAAAUUAAAAAGACACAUUAUUGGGCCAGUUAAUUACUAUGUAUGCAAAUGAUAUUAUAUAUAAGUGUAAAUGUUAUCGUAAUCAUAGUUUUAAAAGUGUUAAUCUGUGAAAUUGUUUGCAUAUUGUCGUAAAAAAGUAUUACAUUAACAAAUUAUUUAGAAAUAAAUUUAUUUUUAAUUAGUGUUAUCAUUCAUUGUAAAAAGGGAAGAAGUUUCCUUUUAAUUCUUCAUUUUAUUAAUAAAAGAAUGCUGUAUUAUGUAUAUUAUAAAUAAAUAUUAACAUUCCAUUUAAAAACUGUGUUCCAAAUAAAAUAAAGUGCUUGCUACUAAUUUGUUCAUAAUUAGAUAGAAAUUUAGAAUACAAAACUUUAAGUACAGCUUACUGGUACUUUUCACUUAGAUAGAAAUUAAGAAUAGAAAAUUGUUUAGUACCUACAGUUUAAGUACAUACAGUAUACGGUUUGAAAGACUGAUCAUAAAUAAAUGAUGAUUGAAAAUCAUACAAAUCGGGGUUAGGUAAAAAUGAAACUAAAGGCUAAAUAAUUUUUAUUUUUUUGUUAGUUUUUCAUUUCAAAAUAUAUAUAUGUUUAAACAUCAAAGAGAAUCAUUUUUAGCUUCUGUUUUUCAAAGAAAACAAGUUGCCGUAUUGUUAUAGCCUUGGUAUAGGCUUUGGCGGCGUGUCGUAGUGUUUUCUCUUUUUUAAAUCUUAGUCAUAAUUCAAAAAAUGUUCAACUUCAUAUCAAUCACAGAUUCCCAGGUGUUACUGUAUAACAAGACCCAUAACUCUGGCUUUAAUAAUUGUAGAGUUAUGUCCCUUGUUCAACUUAAAAAAACAAAACAGAUGAGCAUUGGCACUGGGUUUGCAACUCUUGUUGACAUUUAAAUUAAGUGUAAAAUUAUCUAUUCAACCUCCUCAUAGUUUUAUGACAUCUUCACCAUUUGACUUUUAAUGGUGCUACAGCUUUACUGCGUACAAUGACUAAAAAUGUCUUUUAGAGUAGAGAAAUUUUAAACAGUAGACUGUAAUUGCGAUAUAUUAACAUUUAUUAUAUAAAUGUGUUUCUUGUAUACAGUGUUGCACAGUAUGGUACCAAAAGAAGGUGAAAUGAACAGUUUUACCUAAAGAACAUGGUGACAUGACGAUUGCGAGUUUCACCUAUGAUAGGAACAUACAGAAUUUUAAUGUAUAUUAAUAGACCAAUGUGCCUCAUUUCAUAUUUAUGUGUACUAAUUCCAAGAACUACUUUUUUAUUUUUUGUCAGAGUUAUUUGAGUUUGAACAUGACAAAUGACAUUUUUCGCCAAUACAUACAUACAUACAACUGUCAAUUGUCAAUUUUCAUGAUCAUUGCGGUCAUUGCCAGAUCACCAAAGAUACAUUUAUAUGAAAUGAGGUACCAUGGUCUAUAUUGUUGUUACAUUGUAACUCAACUUACACAGUGGUCCACUCGCCACUUAUUGUUUUAAUUUUGCAAUAUUUAUGUACAGUUAUAUAUUUUCAUAUAAAACAAACUAAUACAGUUAUAUUGUAAUAAAAGAAAUUUAUUUACAGUU